AUGUCAGCAGCAUUGCAGAGGCCGGGAGAAGAUGGAUUUGGGUCGCGAACCCCGAGCGCCCCCAGAUCAGAGAUGAUGCCAACACGGUCGGCAACCUCUUCGACUCCGGUACAAAUCCCGACAAGACCGAAAUCUCGAGACCCGGCGCACUCGGCGCACCCGCAGAAACCGCGCCGCAACCAUGGCAGUCGCCGGAAUCAUUCCAUGCCCCGUUCAAGGGAUGCGCACUCUCGCGAUGCCAUCCCGGCCUCCGUGGCGGCCUUGUUGGCCGUCACUAGCAUCCCGCCCCCCAAGGCGGCACGGAGCCAGCGUCAGACAAAGGCAGAAAAAAGAAUGACCGUGGAGUCCAUCAUUGAAAGGGCACAAGAGUCAGAGAAGGAGCUAAGCCUAACGCUGAGCAAGAGCCCCUUGGAUAUUUUGUUGAUGGCGCCCGAGGACCUCGAGGCCGACGAUACCUCGGUCUGCGAUAGCAUUCCCGAGUCCGUCCUUUCAACCCGGACCAUCUCGAUGGAGUCUAUGCCGUCGCUGAGCAACUCUUUCACUACCGACAACACGUUUUCCUCGCUCGAGUCGCCUCACACACCGCUUAGGAGGCGUAAGAUUCAGCCGACCCGACGCUCCAUGGAAUUGGUAUCUUCCCCGCCCGGCGAACCAGAGAGUCACCCGUUGUCGUCUCCCGGGAACGAAGUUGCGGGCUUGGACUUGGGUGUAUUCGGAGAGGAAGAGGAGGCCCCGGACCGGAAGACUUCGCGGCUGCCUUUCAGCCCGCUCAAGUCGGCCUUCAAAUCGAAUUUGACCGCCUCGUUACGAGCCUUACGCCAGGCUGCGCGCUCCUUUUCCAACCUAAACUUCUCGUCGAUCCCGCCCGAGGACUUUCUCACGCGAUCCAUCCUGACAAUCGACCCCCAGGUCCCAUAUACCGAUGAGCGCAGGCCGCCUCCUCUUGAGGAGGAACCGACGGCAGCGCUUCGGCGCUACCUGAACCCCACCACAACAACGCGCAUGGAGAAGCCUGCGCCGGUGGUCCCAGCGCUACGAACCUUCACGGCUUCUAUUCAGAUGCAAACCUACAAGAUCCACCGGGCGCGCAGUUCGUCGCCCAACUCGGGCCGUUCGCCUUAUCCUUCGAUCGGUCCCUCUUCAGCAUCGACGGCAGCAGCCUCGCAGCCGCCGCAGCCGAAACCGGUGGUGACGGAGCAUCCCAUGCCAGGACCACGACAGCGCGAGAUGCGCGAGAACCCGGAUUUCAUCCGCAUCGCUGUCAUGGAGAUGGCCAUGCGGAAGAGUGGCAAGCUUGACGACCAGCGACCCGGCCGCGCGCGUUGGGCGCUCCCGCCGAGGAAAUCCAGCGCCAGCCCAUACGAAAUCGGCCCCGACGGGGUGCCCGCUCGAUGGGUUGCUGUCACUCACUAA